UCCAGUCCGCCUAUCCAUAACUAAAAUCCACAGAUGAAAAUUAAAACUCAGGAGUCUAGAUUCGAUCCACACUACUCAAAUUAAUUAGGUGGCUCUCACCCAACUCGGAUUUCCCUCUUCCCCCGUCUCUAUCAGAUUUGCGAUGAAGCGGCAGGCAUAUUGAAAUCCAGGGGUUCGACCGAAUUCCACCGUUUUCUCUCUGUGUCGCCGUCUGUUUGUUAAAAUGUCUCUCUGACUUCACGUGCUUUUAUUUUGGUGUAUCUUUUUCCGGCUUGGUUGGGUAUCGAGUUUUGCUGUCGGAUUGAUUACUGCUUAUUCAUUCACAAGUUACAACUAUGACUUUUCAUUUUCUUAACCGGUGAGAUAAAUCUAAGGUAAGUUUUUGUUUCAUGAAUGGAGAACGCUUCUUAUUAAGAUUUUCCGCCCCUCACUUGUAGCUUGAAGUGAUCAUACGGUUAAUUGAUCUUACGUUUUAUGAAUUGUCAUCUUUUCAGGAAAAUCUGAAUGUAAUUACUGAGUUUUAUUUUCAACACCACUUUUUUGUUAAUUUUUCUGGAGCAACAGUAGAAGCUUUAGCCUUAACGAACAUUGAUUUGUUCACAUCCUUUGCAUUAAUCAAUGGUAGGGAUGAGAAGUAGCUUCAUGACUAGAGUGUAACUUCUCAAUCGUAAGGGUAAAGCACCAAUAUAAGGAUUUUUUUACCUUAGCACCAUUGAUUGUUAUGCUUUUCUACUAAGUUGUUGUUUUGUUUGAAUGGGGACUCAAUCAUGGAAACAUAUUUCUUUGAAUUGUCUCAAUUAUUCUCAUGCACAUUUAUGUCAUACACUUUGCUUUUAGCUAAUUGGAUGCUCUUAACUUCUCCAAACAAAUACUAAGUAUCUUUUAUACAGCUUUAUUUGUUAAAGCUAAUGGAGUUUUUAACAUAAUUACAAUAUUACUUGAUCAGAAAAGCAUGGAUCGUUGGAGUGGCAUCUUGAAAAUCCGGUUGCAUCCGGAUAGCACUAUUUUCUACCGAAUUGCAGCAUCCCUUGCCCUUUCCCCUUCUUCGAAAAAGCUUGCAGUACCUUCUGGAAAUGCAAUAUUCUUUAGUGGAGAUCGGGUGGAAGGAACGGAAAAUCCAGUGAUCGAGAGAUUAUCUGAUCCUCAGAAGAUUGCUGAAAUUUUAGUUUCAAAAUUUGGUGGAUCCAUUAAUGCCUUCGUUGUGGAGGCUGCCAUUUUUAAUGGACCUUUUGCUGUUUAUAAGGAUUUCAUCCCCUCUGUAAAUGAGUACGGAGAGCCAAAAUCGUAUGAUGCAACUGGAUUCCCAGCUUCUACAUCACUGGUCUUGCUCUUGUCUACGUUUCUUGCAGAGGCAAAAAAUGUCGUUUCGGGAAAACAAAAAGAGCCAUACCUAACUGAAGCUUCUUCGUCAUCCCCAUGCAAACCACAUACAGCGCUUCUUGGGUUCAGCAAGGGCGGUACAGUGCUUAAUCAGCUCAUAACUGAGUUUGCCUUCUUCUCAGAAUCUCAAUCUGCUGUCAAAGAAGACAACUGGAUUGUACCCACAUCAAAGGAGCGCCUCUUCAACAGCAUAUCCGAAAUUCAUUAUGUGGAUGUCGGCUUGAACUCUGAAGGAGCGUAUCUCACCAAUAAAGAUGUGAUUGACAGGAUAUCGGAAGGUCUCGCUCAGAAGCAGCUGGGCAUCAGGUUUCUGUUCCAUGGAACUCCAAGACAGUGGUGUGAUGAAAGGCGGAUUUGGAUCCGUAAAGAGAAGGACGCCCUUGUUCGACUUGUGAAGCUUGCUGCGAGACGAAAUGCUGGUAAAUUGCAUCUUCGUGAGAGACUAUACUUUCCAAGUAAACUCCCUGAUAUGCAGAUGCAUUUUGAAAUUAUUGAUGCCUUGGAUGUUAGUUAAGCUCAAGAGAGUAGUUGGAAGUUUUUAAAGGAUUUGAUACCUUUGUUUAUCGUUAUUCAUCUGAUGAUAGAUUCUAUGUGCAUGUCCUGGGAAAAACCUGAGCAUGAUGAUAUGCAUUGUAUAUGCAGAAAUAAGCAUGCCAUCUCGGAUUAGAAUCCAGUCAUUUUUGGCUGUUUAUGCGUAAGAGUACUUAUUUAGGGAAUGAUUGAAUCGAGAUAGAAAUCCGCAUCACUGAUUGAAAAAUUUGUAAAUGGAGAAUACGGAAAGGAUGAAAUGAAGGUGAGAUGUGUUAUGUUUGUGCA